CUGCUUCAUUCUGCGUGAUCGCAAAAGGUGGAGUAAAUAAGGCACCACGUUCAAAGGUUCAAACGCAAGAGACCUCGUGUUUCCCUCGGGUUCGGGAACAAAGCGAGAGUGGCACAUGCAUGUCUCCUGACCUUGACCUUGACAUCGACAAAGGUUCAUCGUAUCAGGGUACACAGGCAACACCCAGAGCCGCUAUCCAUCGCGGAAAAAUGCGGUAUCGACCGUCUGAUAGCGAUUCAUCUCAUGAGAUUGUAUCCGUUCAAGCCCCCGUAGCUCGCAAACACCGACAUCCCCGAGCACCGACGACAGUCCAGAUCGUGAAUGAUGACUUCGAUGCUGUAACCCAGGACGUCGACUUUGAAACUGCGUCAGAGAUGCGGGGAUUCGAUGGUGUCACUCAGGUGCAUGUCCACAAGGAGGAGAUGGAAGAUGCCGCGCGAUAUAGUGGGGUUUAUGGGGAGGAAUACCUUUACGCUGAGGACCUUGCGAGGCGCGUACUUGAUGCGGGGCUUAACGAUCAAGAAACCGUACAUUCAUCGGACAUGCGGCAACAGAACGCAGGCACUAUGAAGCGUCAUGGGUCUGAGGCAAGAUCGAAAGUCAUGGAGCGUGGAACGAAGGUCUCGAUGUGGAGGGAAGAUGUUGCGAGAAACGAUAAGGAUGAAUUCGGGAAUGUGGUUGGAAAUAAUGCCGCUGAUACCGCUCAACGGACCCAGGAGUGGCGAAGCAAGUCGCCGCCAGUACCCAGAGAUAUAGAGAACCUGAAAUCAGGACUUAGAAGAAGCCGCUCAAGUGUUUCUCAGACAUAUCGCUCGGAGAGAAUAUACACACCGUCUGAUCUCAAUUCAAACUGGUCACCUCAGGGGAAGAAAGCAAAACGCGAUAAACGGGGUACUCCUCCAAGCCCGACACGUUCUGAGCGGAUAUAUACAAUGGCUGAACUCAAUGCUCUAUCCAAACAUAUCCAACACCAACCAGGAGUUCCAACUAGCACCAGCUCGCCUCCACGUAGCCAUCCUAGUAGAAACUGGCCUUCUGCGCCCGUGAUGGGCGUUCGUUCAACUUCUACAUCAUCGGUUGAAAUGGUGCUUGCUCUCGGAAUUCGGCGCGAGGAACACCUGCGUGCAUUUGCCCGAUUACGAGAGGAAACGAGGGACAGGGAGAUGAAGGAGGAGGUGUUGAAGAAAGGGGUAACUGUGCUUGAGUGGGCGAUUUUGAUGGACAAACUUCAAUCUCUUUGAUGUGAUUUACUAGCUGUGCCUUGGAUGAAAUCAUGUCGAUUGGUUACUUUCAAGUCUCGAUAGCGUACUACUCGACAUAUGGUGAUCUUUCCGUAUAUCCGACAAAUGAUGACGGAAAAUAUCCAUGUCAACGCCAAUUGGAGAUGACUAUGAUCUAUGAUUUCGGAGAACAUGAGGCAUGUCGCGUUAGCGGUAGUUCAGGAUCAUCUGAUGGAUAUUGAAGACGAUGAUCAUGAUGAUCAAUAUUUGCAUAAUUGAAUUUGAAAGUCGCUGCUGUGGUAUUGAAAUACGUCUCC